UAAUUAGCAGCUACCAAUCCCUCCUUGUCCCCCUUCCCCUCCUCCUGGGGUUUUUGAGUGCAGUGAGGGUUCGGAUUCUUUCCUCGCCCAUCCAUCCAUCCAUGGCGUCUCUUCUUCUCCCUCCUCAAUUCGCUUGCUCCCUGUCUUGCUACCGCAUCUGGGGUCAAUUACAUUACAAGUCCAACAUUUUGGGAAAGAGUACAAAUAAGCCUAAUAUGAGGUUGCUUAACCGAAAUGUGAGUUUUGUGUCAAAGAAGAGUUCCCAAGAUGUUGCGGAAGGUGCAGGUGAUGAAGAGAGUGACGUUGAAAGCACAACGACCAAGAAAAAAGCUCCAAAACGUGGAAGAAAGAAAGCUGCCGCAGAUACACGAGAAGUGGAAACACAAGAAGGCCCAGGGGACACUCAAGAUGCUGCUAAGACAGUUAAAAGGAGAGGCCGCAAGAAAGCUGCUACUACUGCAACUGCAAGCUCAACAGAAGAGAAGGACAAGGCAAAAGAACCAAAAAAGAGGGGCAGGAAAAAAUUAAAGGCUGCUGAAGAGUUGAGUUACAAUGAAGGAGAAGAUCAGAGCAAAGAUAUGAUGCCCACUAAUGAGAGAGAUGAUCACAGUUCAGUCAAUGAUCUUGAAAGUAAAGUAGAGUCAUUGUUAUUACAAGAUGAUGGAGAGGUUGACAAUUCAAUGCCCUUAGUGUGCUGCUUUGGACCAUCUAAAUACUCAUUUAUCCCUUCUGGAAGACCUGCUAAUAGGCUAGUGGAUCAUGAGAUUCAUAGUAGAAUGAAGGAUAUGUUUUGGUCUCCUGAUGAAUUUGUGAGGGCACCUGGAGGUCCGUCAUCCAAUGUCGCCCUUGCUCUAGCAGCUCUUGGUAGUCGGGUUGUGUUUAUGGGAAAAUUAGGUGAUGAUGAGUAUGGACAAAGUCUGUUGUAUCACUUGAAUAUUAAUGGAGUUCAAACUCGAGCAGUUAGUUUGGAUCCUUCAGUGUCCACCGCCAUAUCCUUCAUGAAGGUGACGAGCAGAGGUAGCUUGAAAACAAACUGCGUUAAACAUUGUGCUGAGGAUUAUUUUCUGCAAUCUGAUAUCAAUCCAGAUGUUCUAAAAGAGGCUAAGAUGUUUUACUAUAAUUCGUCAGCUUUGCUUGAGCCGACUACACGGUCAUCAUUGUUAAAAGCAAUUGAGAUCUCCAAGAAAUUUGGUGGGAUAAUAUUCUUUGAUCUUAAUCUUCCAAUGCCACUAUGGUCAUCCAGUAAGGAGACCAAAUCGCUCAUCAAGGAAGCAUGGGAAGCUGCUGAUAUUAUUGAAGUCACAAAACAGGAAAUUGAAUUCCUCUGUGGUAUUAAACCAUCUGGGAAAUCUGACACGGAAGACGAUGAAAAAUCCAAAUUCAAACACUACAGCCCGGAAGUUGUUAUGAAAUUGUGGCAUGCCAAUCUCAAAGUCCUCUUUGUGACCAAUGGGACCUCGAAGAUUCACUAUUACACAGAAAAGCACAACGGUUGGGUACGUGGGACAGAAGACGCACCAAUUACUCCGUUCACCUGUGAAAUGUCACAAUCAGGCGAUGCCAUUGUUGCAGCCCUCAUGAAUAUGCUGUCAAUCAAUCCUCACCUGGUGACAGACAAGGUUUACCUGCACAAGACAGUGAAACAUGCCAUUAAAUGCGGUGUGAUUGACCAGUGGUUGGUUGCAAGAGAGCGGGGUUUUCUUCCCAGGGAAAGGGCAGAUUAUCCAACCAGUGAGCAGGAUGAAGUGAGAUUCAUCACAGAAAAGGAAUACCGAACACUUCCUGAUGUCAUGCAACCAGUGAAUUCAUCAAACAGCGAGCUUGCACACGUGGAGUGACUGAAAAAAUGUGGAGGCUGUCAACAUCUAAAUACUGGAUUUCUCUACCUGUUUGCAGGAAUUGCCCACUCUUAACUGGAGUUAGUAUUCAGAAGUAGUUUAACCCUGCAGUUUAUGGGUUCGUUGAGCAUAGGAUAGUAGCCUCAGGAGUAGUACUAACACACACCGGCAAAGUCAAUUUUGUACCGAGAUUUUGUUGUAAAUGUGACUCAUGUCAAAACAUUUCCCCACGACGAUAUCUAUGUUAGCUCUAUCUGUUUGGAACAACCAUUAUAUCAGAUGCCCCCAUUUUCAAUCUUA